AUGCCAAAAGCGGUUGCAGCAAUUAAUAUCUACCAAUUAUACAUUUAUUUGCUACACAUGCUCAUUAAUGGCAUAAUACUACCAGACACGGCCUCAUUUAGGCAGGUCAAAUCGGCCUUGAACUUUCAAAUAAGUGACAUGAGGAACGCCAGUCCGCCCCACAGUUUCAAACUGGACAGUUUGGAGGUCGGGGGCAUAGAUUGGCAGGAGGGCUACAGAGUUUCCAAGGCUCUUUGCCUGGCCCUCACUAGAAACCCCUUCGCCAUGAUUGGCCACCUCAACCACAGGACCGUAUCCACCAUUUUCGGCUUCACCACCACCUACCACAUGCCUUAUCUCACCAUCUCGACUCCUUUAAACAGGUCGCACGUCAAAAUGACGUCAUCGUCAGCAGUUAUGUCAUCGUCGGCGUCAUCAUCAGCGUCAGCAAAUCAUCAUCUUUAUGACCUGGCCAGUUAUGGAAUGAUCAGAAAACCUUACCAUCGUCGCCAAGAAAACGAUAAUAGCAAUAGCAACAAAUACAACAACAACAACAACAAAUACAACAACAACAAAUACAACAACAACAAAUAUAAACACCCUUAUUCAGUUUCGAUGGGUGGCGAUGAUGAUGAUAAUGAUGAUGAGGGUGAUGAUGGUGAUGACAACUCUGAUGACGUCUUCAUCUUGCACAUGCGUCCUUCUUACGACCGCGCCCUGAUUGACGUCAUCCUACAUUACAAGUGGAAUCACGUGUACUACGUCUAUGAUGAUGUAGAAGACGCUAUAUUGCAUACUUUAUCUAAGGCCGGCAGGGAUUCACAUCUUAAGAAUAAAAAAUUUAAAAAUAACAACAACAACAACAUUAACAACAACAUCAACAACGUCAACAGCAAUAACACCAACAAUAAUAGCAAUAACCAAAAAAACUUACAAUGA